AGAGGUUCAAUUCAAAUUUAUUCUCACGAGCCUCCACAGUUGCUUGUGCUCAGGAAGCCCAAACUUCUUGAAAUAUGACGACCGAGUCCUCAGUCCUCACUCUCCAAGUGUCCCCAAGCUUCACCACGUUGCAGCAAGAGUUAGCCGCGCCAAGAACACGAAGUUUUCCGUGUCGCAGCUUGGCAGCGCCACCGCCACCACCACGCCACCUCUUUCAAAUUUUUAUCUCCUUCUUUCAUCUGCCUGUAUAUAAUCUCCGCCCUCUCUUUUUCCCUUUUACAACAGACGAGAAAGAAAAGAGGAAGAAGGGUUCAAGGCUUCAAGCUAUCAUGGCAUCGAGUGAUCAACCUUCUGGUACUAUCGCCUGCGACGCUCCGACGCCGGGGCAGCCGCUGACGAUGGGGACGCAGGUGCUGGACGCGUGGGCCAAGAUGAUGCAAGGGAUGAAGCCCAUAAAGCACAUACAGCAGCACGUUUGCACCUUCGCUAUGUACAGCCACGACAUGACUCGACAGAUCGAGACUCACCACUUCGUCACUCGCCUCAACCAGGACUUCCUCCAGUGCGCCGUUUACAACUCCGAUUGCUCCAGCGCUCGCCUCAUCGGUGUGGAGUAUAUCGUAUCGGAUCGGAUUUUCGAGGCUCUGCCACCGGAAGAGCAGCAGCUGUGGCACUCUCACGCUUAUGAGAUCAAGGCGGGUCUGUGGGUGAAUCCCCGGGUCCCAGAGAUGAUGCAGAAGGUGGAGCUCCAGAACCUGGCCAAAACCUACGGCAAGUUUUGGUGCACGUGGCAAGUUGACAGGGGAGACAGGCUUCCAUUGGGUGCACCAUCGCUGAUGAUGUCACCGCAGGCGGUGAAGCUGGCGAUGGUGAAGCCGGAGCUGGUGCAGAAGAGAGAUGAGAAAUACAGUGUUUCGAGCGAAGGUCUGAAGAAGUCGAGGGUGGAGAUCGAAGAGCCGGAGUGGAUAAAUCCGAAUGCGGAUUACUGGAGGAAGGUCCACAAGGGUUUCGCAAUCGACAUCGAAGAGACGGAGAUGAAAAGAAUGGCUCCAUUUCCAUGAAAAGGGAGAAAGGAUCAAUGAACAGAAAGCUCUGGAAGGAAACUCUGUUUUCUCCUGGUUGUUGUGUUGUUAUUGUCUUUAUCGUUCACCAGCUUUCAUUUUAAUAAAACUUUCCCAAGGAUUAGAUUUGCUGAGGA